UAUAGAUAUAGAUAUUAAUAUCCGUAUAGUUGUAACUGAUAUAUACUCAUCAAUGUUCGUAUUUUACGUGGAUUUAACGUCAUUAUUUAUCAUAUAUAAUAUAAUAAAAAUAAAUAAUUCAACUAAUAUGAUCAAUAAAUUUAUACGUCAAAAAUUGGAUCUAAAUACGUAAUAAAAAAAAAAGGAUAAUAAAAUAAUAAUCUAAAUAAAAUAAAAAGAUAAAGUUAAUAAUAAAAUAUGUCACAGCCGGAUUAUGAACAAACAACUCAUGACCAUGCAUCAUUAUUAGUUUUAUUAAAGUCAAUUGGUACGCAAUUAAAACCAAAAUUAUUAUCUCGAUUAUACGAACGUAUUAACAAAAGUUUAAGUAAAUUAAAUAUUGUUGAUUCAAGUGGUAGUACUCGUGAAAUAAUAAUACGUUUUGUACGUGAUUAUCCUGUUGAAAAUAUUGAUUGGGGUGAUUUUCAAACUCAUAGACGUUUAUUAGGUUUAGUAACAUUUAGUAAAUAUGAUGAACAAAAUGAAUUCAGUGAAUUGUGCCGUUUACAUGAAACACUUAAAGUUAAAUAUAAUGAUACAUUAUAUGAUUCACGUGCCAUAUUUUUUGGACCAGUUGAAUCUGAUAGUAUUAAUGAACCUCCACCUGGUUUUGUACCACCGCCUAAUUUUAAGACGAGUGCUAUUUAUUAUGCUGAUGAAUUGUGUCCGAGUUUAGAGAGUCAAAUUUUAGAAUGUUUAAAUGCACUUUUUUGGAUCCUCGAAUCUAAAAGACUUAAGAGAUUAAGAGAAAAAUCUGAUCGUGCUCCACUGCUGCGGGCUCCUUUUGAAAAAAAGGAGCUCAUUGGACUGGAUUUAGAGUCAAGAAAUAAUAAAAAAAAAUGCUCAGGACGUAUGACUAAACAUAUUGCUGAUUUAAGUCUUCAAGCUGGUCUUCGUAUCGAAGCUCUGAAUUAUUACAGCACAGCAGCAGCAAGUCUCCAAACAGUAAACGAUUGGCUGUGGCUAGGAGCAGCAUAUGAAGGUCUAUGUGCGACGUCUUCAAUGAUCCUAUACCCAAACCUCCGUAGAUCAUUGACUCUCCACCGGAAUUCCUCAUUACAAGAGACAAGCCCGGGUAAAAGACGUGAAUCUCAAUCCCUACCCAGCCCAACAAACGAAGAAUCCCCUAAAACUCACAUACCGCACUUGCUACCACCGGAAGAAAUCGCCAAAAAGUACCGAGAAGCGAUUGUUCAUUACAGUAAAUACCAAAACGCCGCUAUCGUAGAAACCGAAGCGAGUUUCAAAGCAACUCGCAUAUCAAUAGAACAAAAUAGUCCCCUGCAAGCGGCAUGUUUUUUAAACAACGUCGUCUUCAAUCACAUAAAUUUAAGCGAGCUGGAAAAAAUCGAGCGAUUUACAAAAUUAGCUGAAUUGUAUUCUUCCUUUGGCUUCAGCCGAAAAGCUUCAUUUUGCAUGCGAUUAGCCGCACUGAGAUACGUAUCACCGAACAAUCCAAACCGCGACUGGAAACAAUGUUACAAUUUAUUACUACAAUCUACCUCAGGCUUCAAAUUGUCCCUCGACCCAGCAGACAUGACUGAUGAUAACCGCAAAGGUUGGCCAAAAAUACAAAUUCAAAUUCUCAAUGAAUUAAUAAUAGCUGCCAAUCGAAUGGGCAAUGCAGCAUUAGCAACGCGGCACAUGACAUUUAUUUUACAAACAUUAUUCAAUUACUUAUCACCGAACGACCGUAAGGACAUUGCAUUGCAAUUACAGGGUGUUGCGCAGCAAUGUGAAGGUGCACCUGUGCCCCUAGUUCUCGAGUCUGGUAUCGUAAUCCCUCCUGCUAAUUUGAUUAACAUACCUACCACCAAAGAAUUUAAAUUAAAAAAUUUACAAGCUCACCUUCAGCCGCAAAAAAUUGAGCGGGUCAAGGAAGAUCAUGGCCCGUUUUUAUUUACACCAAUUAAUUUUGGAUCUUUAGAGCGGAAAAAUGUAUCCAAAAAUUCCGUGGAAUUUUUGUGGGUCGACGGUGAUAUUUGUGAAGUAUCAAUUCAAUUAAUUAAUCCUCUGCCGUUUGAAUUAGUUGUCUCAAACAUGAGACUUUUGACUAGCGGCAUUGUUUUUGAAUCUCUUCCAGAGAGCAUUACGUUGCCUGCAAUGGCGGGACCAAUUGGUGUGUCUCUAGCUGGGACUCCCAGAGAACCUGGUACUUUGGAGAUCCACGGGUUCAGUACUCACACACUUGGUGUUAAAUCUAAUUGCCGGUUAAGAAAUAUUCCAGGUAUGCCAUAUCCAUCUUAUAAUAUUACUGUAAUUCCGGCUUUGCCAAAAAUUGACCUUGCUACUAGCUUGCCACAAACUGCUAGCUUCAGCACGGGUCAGAAUAUUGUCACCAGUGCUAGUGUCUCUUUAUACGGUGGUGAAAGUACUGAGUGUACUGUAACAAUAACUAAUUGCGGGCAAGUACCUAUUGAGACUGUUGAGACUUCUAUUAAAUCUUCGUUGAGUAAAAUUAAAGAGUUAAAAAUAUUUCAAUGGAGCGAUGAUAAUUUUAAUUCACAAUUACCAUUAUUACCUGGCGCAAGUGCUAGUCUUACGCUUUAUCUUUUUGCUGAUAUGGAAUUUAUUAAUAAUAAAGAUCAGGUGCAAAAAAAUAGCCCGAGGAUUAACAAUGCACAUGGAUCUAAAUCUUGGCCGUCUAAGAGUAAUUUAACGCAGUCAAAAAAAAAAUCAUUGCCGGGUAAUAGUGGAAAAAAUUCGGGGAUUAAUUCGCAGUUGGCUAAAUUAACUAUCCAACCUCCGUCGAAUAUUAUUGUAGAGGGACAAUUAAUGAUUAAGUACUCGGGUGGUGAGGGACUGACUGCUGGGUACUGUAGAGUUUCUUCGGUUUUUAUUUCUAUUGAAAUGCUACCUAGUGUUAAUAUUACUAGUUGGGAUGUCUUGCCAGCUGAAACAUCUAGUCAAUUUUACUUAGUACUUGAUGUAAAUAAUAUGACUAAUCAAGAAAUGGAAUUGUAUUAUACACAGAGUAAGUGUAUUUAUAUGGGAGGAAGAGAAUCAUGUAGGAUUCCGGUUCCUGUUGAUAGAUGUCCGCUAGAUAAAUUGUCGACGAUUGAGAGUGGAGAUGUUGAUAAUGAGUUACAGAAACUUUGCUCGCAACAUACGGCUGCUUUGGUGGAUAUGAGGUGGCAGUUGUUGGGGACUGAUUUGACUGGAAAAGCUAAUUUAAAUGGCAUUACUUUUACUCGAGACAUGCUGGAUCUUGUACGGAUGAGUCCUUUGCAGUGGGAAGUUGUUAUUAAUGAUACGGCAGUAAAACCCCAAGAUGAAAUUACUUGCACCAUUGGAGAGUGUGUCAGUAUUGGAGUUGGAGUUUGCAAUGCUCUCGAACGGCCGCUGAGUAAUUUGUGCUUAACUAUCGAUUUUUAUCAGGAUUAUCAAAAUGGUACUUGUAAUUACAAGCUUGAUAAUUUACUGGCAAUCGCUGGAGCUAGCAAAGUUAUGCUUCCUACGUUACAAGAAUACGGACGUGCUUAUCACGAAUGCCGAGUGGUGUUUUUCAUGCCAGGUCAAUUCAAAUUAGACAUCCGAUGUAGUAGUAACCAUGACAAUUCAUCGUCAUCAAGUUCCAGUGAUAAAAAUUUAACGAUAGCUGACAAUGAAUGGCGUUAUAUACCACCUAUUGAAAUAACCGCCGAAGACUACUGAUAUUUGUACAAAAAACCUCCUGUAUGUAUAUGUAAAAAAACCUUAAAUUUAUUAUUUUUAAUUUACAAUAAACAACAUAAAAUCUUA